AUGUCAACUGAGAAUGAGCUCAUAUCCAAAGUUUUGCUCACAAUUGACAAGUAUAAGGGGAGCUUGCCCACUUUCAAGAAAGCUGUAGUUGAUGGAGAAUAUACAACGUUGCAACAACCAAAGAUCUUUCUGAGACUACUUUUAUGGAAGGUGUGUUUGAUAGUUGAUUCCUUUGCAAUUGCGGCAUGGGCAAAAAGGCUUAAAGAGACGAGAAUGGUUUACCAACAACUUGUCGCAAGAGAAGAUAUGGCGAUACCAUGGCUGGACCUCGACCAGGAUAAUCUAUAUUACAAGCCAAAACAACUCAAUCGAAAAGCAAGCUUGGGAAAUGGGUCAUCUCGUCUGAAUGGCCAGAUAUUAAUCAAGCGAAGCUCAUUGCGUGAAGCAGCUACCGAAGACCCGUUACUGCUGGACAUUAACACUCAAGGAUCAACAACAGAAAGAACAGAUAACAAUGACCACACGACGGACUUGGAAUUGUUAAACGUAAUAAUACUUGAUGUGGAGAGGCUAUUUCCCGGAGAGAGCUUUUACCACGCGGACUCGGGCACGAUACCCAUUAAACGACAGUUGGUAGAGGUUCUCUACGUUUGGUGCAAAUGCCACCCUCGUAUUGGAUACAGACAAGGGUUUCAUGAAAUAUUGGGCUUAAUCCACAUGAAUUUGCACAAGGAGUCCAUACUGUUGGAUCAAGAUAACUUGAACUCGGCACGUUAUUCGCAUGAGGAGAUGGUGAUAUUGAGUCUUUAUAAUAUGCGCUAUUUGUGUCACGACCUAUUCAAUAUCUUUAACAAGUUUGUUUUCAAUAGCGGCAUUGUGUCAGACUUGUACGAAUCGGAAGCUUUAUUAACGAAGCUGAUUGAUUUGUUCAAUUCUUAUCUCAUGAAAGUUGAUCAGUUUAUUCACUACACAUUAACCACUAAACUCGAGCUAGACUCCCAGUUGUGGAUCAUUCGCUACCUCCGGUUACUUUUGGCUCGUGAACUAGGUAAUGACUUUGAGACAACGAGUUUAUUAUGGGAUAAGUUGAUAGCAACUCAAAACUCCAAUGAUAAGGCACCAGGAAUGACACAUUUUCUCGAGGUGCUCAUAUUCUUGGUGAUUCAAUUAUUGAUUCAACAAAAGACCGAGCUCGUUACCUCUGAUUUUAGUGAAUGCUUAUCACUACUUUUGCAUUACCCUAUGCCAAACUUUACAUCGGCAGCAAGUAGGGACCAGUACAUUCAAGUCUUGUAUCACGAUGCAUUAAAACUUUAUGAAAAAAGGAACAAUGACUUGAAGUUGUUUGAAUAUGGGAAUAAGCUAAACAAAAAGUACAAUCCAGGACUCAAAAUUUCCUUGGGUUACAGAAACAGCAGUGACUUUAGUGAAUGCAACAGCGCAAGAUCAAGUGUGGACUCUUUGGGAUCUACAAAAGAGCACACUCUGAACUUAGAAGAUGCGCUGCCACGCAAUGAUAGAGCUGAAAAGAUGCGUUUUGAAAAGAUGAGAUUGGAAAUGCGAUUGAAAAAGAAAGCUAAACUGAUGAUUCAGCAGUGA